CAUAUUUAUGCGCGAAUUCCUGAACACAAGAUCUAUGGACUGUUGGGUCCGAGCGGUGCGGGAAAGACAACUCUUUUGCGUCUAAUAUUGGGUCGACUAAAGGCUGAGAGCGGCUCUAUUAGAGUGUUUGACUCUCAACCCGGUGUCCAGAAUCCCGUCACUGGCUACCCAUAUUUAGAAGAGACCCGCCGGGAGACGGGAGCCGUACCUUUAUUUCUGAAAACUCCCGGGCAACCGGAAGCUUGUGGCAACCCUAACUGUACUCACCUGAUAUAUACAAGAGGAUUGUUAUCAUCAAUACUACAACUUCCGGAAGAGAAUCAAUUAAUAUCGCAACUAUCGGGUGGUCAACAAAAGCGUGUGUCUCUCGCUCUGGCAUUUUUAAACAAUCCUAAACUUGUGAUAUUAGAUGAGCCGACUGUGGGUACAGACCCUCUGCUUGGGAACAGUAUUUGGAAAUAUCUGCACAAUUGUUGCGCUGAAGGCGUGAGUGUUGUAAUAGUGACCCAUUAUAUAGAAGAGGCGGCUUUGGCUCAUACGGUGGGCAUUAUGAGGAACGGCACUCUUCUCGAAGAGGGAUCUCCUAAUGAUCUGCUUCUUAAGUAUAGGGAAACCAAUUUAGAAAAUAUCAAAGCGGCCGUAUUUAAUGACGAAGAGAAGCCUAAUUAUAGUUUGCGAUUAUUAAACUCAAUAAAACAAGUGGACGCUUAUUAUGUGGAGCCCAUAAACUAUACAUCUCUAAGCUCUGCGAUUGAAUCGGUAGACAAAGGCUACGUUACGGCUGCGCUUUGGUUUGAUAGAGACUAUACAAACGCUUUGGAUAUGAGGAUUGCCGGCGCACAGGACCCGGAUAUUGACAACCAGACACUUAGUGAAAGUAACUCAUUGAGACUCACGUUAUACGAACUGAUGGGAGAUAUUUAUAUGGAAAAGAAUUUGAGUCGAAUUGAAGCGCCUCUAAAAGUUGUGGAGACUAUAUAUGCAGAAAAUUCUAAAUUAUCCGACUUUUUACUCCCGGGUUAUCUCAUUUCAUUCAUGUUUCCCUCUCAUCUCAGCUUCUCAUACAAGAGCGAAAAGACGGACUCUUUGAACGCUCAUUGGUUGCGGGAGUCGGACAUCAAUUAGUCUUUAUAUCACAUUUUGUCACCAAUUGUCUCAUGUCUUUCAUUCAAAUCAUUUUAAUG